AUGUCGCAUACUACAGCAAUAUAUGAACAACAGCAACGAAAUUGGGCUCUGUAUGCGGAUAGUGAACCGCCAAUAGUUGUUGAACAAGCAGAACCAGUACCAGUAACUGCAGAUUUAGUACCAGUUGUUGCACUAGUAUCAGUAGCUGAUGAUUUAGUAGCAUUUGUUGCACCGGCAGAAGAAGUUGCAUUAGCACUAGGUCAGGUGAUUCAUUUAGAACUACCUGACAACGAAAUGCAGAUAGUACAUGGUCAUGCUUACAACCUACAAGGUAGUAAAUAUAGCUAA